AAAAAAUUUACAAUCUAUACUCUUAUCACAAAGAAAAAGAGUAAGAUAGAUUUAAUUUCUCUCGGAUUAAGAGUGGUUCUCUAAUAUUUAAUUAUAAGAAAUCUUGAUUACGAAUAUUCGAUCAGGAAGGGAAAGACAUUCAUCUGCCGUUCUAAGAUUUCGAAAUGGAUCAAUAAUCGACGCGAGCGAUGAUCGGAACCGCUCGAGGCGUGUCCGCAUUUUUCCACUCUUAAUCACCUGCCCUAAUUGGUCAAUUACGCUCAUUACCGUCUCCUACGGUGGAGAGGCGAGUCGAAACGAUAAAAUCUCUCCUCUCUUUCCCUCCCGCCUAGUAGAGCAACUAACGGCAAACCCCCCUCUCUCCACCAAGCCUUAUUCUAUCCACGAGUGAUCCCUGCCUCCCCUGAAACUGUGUGGACGUGCACAUUUGCAACGAAGAGAAACUUAUCCCCGGCGGGGAAAAAUCAGCCCCGGUUCCGCGAAGAGGAGAACGGCGGGCCCGGCCACCGGGGGGAUGGGCGGGGCCACCGAAGCCACGCCCCUUCUGCCGCCUCGAGGCCUCGCCCACUUUCGGAUUUCCCCUUUCUCGCGCUCCGAUUCCCCCUCCACCGACCGACACCGUCUCUUUCCAAGCAACGAAGCGGGCUAGCCUCCCUCCCUCUCCCCCCCUCGCCCCCCCCCCCUACCCGGCCGAGGCGCCUCCACCCGCAAAACGAAAAAGUCCGAGCGCCGCAGUCAGGCGAUGGUCAAAGUCAGUCCACACGGAGAGCUCGAGUCGAGUAGAGGCUAGUUCAGGUCAGUUGGCCGGUUGAUCCAUCGAUCCGUCGAUCAACGGCUCACCUGUCAAAUACGUGUCACUCACGCAUCGUAGUUUCUUCGAGGGAUAUUCAGUGACUUUAAUCGCGAAAAGAAGAAGAGGAAAAAAAAAGAAUCGUCGCGACCCCGAAGAGAUCGAGAUCUUUUUUCUUCGAUUUUUCGAUUCGUCGAUUCGAGAAUCGUGUUGACGGGCCAGUGAGAGGGGGAGAGAAAGAGAGAGAGAGAGAAGAGACACAUUUGGAGACACUUUUGUUUUUCUCCUCUCGUACGCAAGCAGUGGAGGGAGAUCCCUCUGUUGAUGUUUCGAGAAGAUGAGAAUAUAGAAGAAGAAGAAGAAGAUCGAGUGUUUCGGUGAAGAUAAUAUAUAGAAUUGGAACAAGUGUUCAAUCGCGGUACAUAAGAAUGACAGUACUAAGGAUGACCUCCCCGGUGACGCCUCCAUCGAGCAGCCCAGGUUCCAACGAGGCCCAGGCGCCCCAAGCGAUCUCGAAACCUGUGCACCGAUUGAGCUUCUCCGUCGCUGCGUUGCUGGCGGACACUAAAAAGUCGGACGCGUCCUCCGUCUCUCCGAGAUCGUCCCCCCUCGCCUCUUACUCCCCCGUCAGACACGAUCAACUGUCGAUCACGAAUUCCACUCCUCUACAAAAAUAUCCAACGAUCGAAUACAGAUCGAGAUACCUGUCCACGUCUCCCACCGUCCAAGAGCACAGAUCGAGCAAUCAAUACACGUGCGACGCCCCAAGAACCACCCUGGUGGACGCGAGGACGUUGGCCAGACUUCCGGAAAUCGAGGAGGUUGACAGGACGUGCCAAUCCCCUCGCUCGAGAACGCUGGACUACGUGGUGCAAACGGAGAGCGGGUCCACGCCGGAAGUGAUAGCCUGUUCCUCGUCCCCCAAAGUGUCGUCGCUCACGCGCAACAAUCAUCCGGAGUUUGGCCCUCAAUCGCCGAGAAGCAGCUCGCACGAGGGCAGGUCCAGGUGUUCGGAACCCGAGGACAUCGAGGAGGAGGACGAGAACAGUUUGGUCGACGUGGAGGACUUGCAACACCAUCACCAUCAUCAUCGUCGUCGUAGUAGUCACGACGAGCAGGGGAGCAGCCCAACGCCGGUGAGGCCGACGCCGGCUUACAUCGGCGGAUUUUCCGGUUUGGGUGGGAUCUCCGGCAUUCCGACCGGGCUCCAUCCCGCCGUUUGGGGCGGAGGGCAUCAGGGUGCAGCCGCGGCCGCGGCAGCAGCCGCCGCAGCCGCCGCCGCGAGCUUCUUCCCCUCGCAUUUCUCUCAUCACGCGCCUCUGAACGAGAACGGGGAGCCGGCCAAGAUCAAGUGCAACCUGAGGAAACACAAGCCGAACAGGAAGCCGAGGACGCCUUUCACCACGCAACAAUUGCUCGCGCUCGAGAAGAAGUUCACGGAAAGGCAAUACCUGAGCGUCGCGGAGAGGGCCGAAUUCUCGUCCUCCCUUCACCUCACCGAGACUCAGGUGAAGAUCUGGUUUCAAAAUCGUCGCGCCAAGGCGAAGCGAAUGCAGGAAGCGGAGAUCGAGAAGUUGCGGAUGUCGGCGGUCAGGCAGCACCACACCACUCUUUACGGCUCCCAUCCGGGCCUUUUGACGCCUGCGAGCCUCUACCCGGUCGGGAUGUUGUCCCAUCCAGGCCUCACGCCGCACCACCCGAUCUCCUCCCAGCAUCCGUCCAGGGAAUGAGAGGGAGGGUUGGCGACAAAGGGCAAGAAUCGGUAGCGAAUCGAUCUGCAAUCGGUUGCGAUCGGUUUUCGAAUACGGCCAGGCCACAGAUGAAGGGAGGAAGACAAGUGGCUCGUUCUGGAAUUGUUUUUGGAUACAUCUUGAUCCUGGAUGAAGAAGAACGAAAUAGAAGGAAGAAGUACGUGGAAAGUCUGUAAAGCAUUUAUGGGAAGUGAUGAAGAGAUUCUUUUGUAUGAAAGAAGAGUGAAAUUAAGAGAAGCAGAGACGAGAGAAGAAGGAAUUAUUUGAGAAAUCAGAGAAAGAGGAAAUGAAAAAGCGCAUUAUCGAACUGAAUAAUCAAUCUUCGAGCAAUCAAAUGUUUUUGCGAACAAGUUCUCGGUUUGAAGUGUGCCGAGCCUUGAACGAAAGAUGCGAAGAAGAGAAACGAGGCGUGAGAACUUUCUUCGAAUUCGAAAUUUCCCUUCCCGAGAUUACUUCUCGAUCGAUUUGUCGCCUUGAGUUUAUUCAAGGGAACGAAAAAUAUAAAUUGAAUCACAAAUGGAAAGGAAGUCGAAUAUCUUCACUUGGAAAAGUCUAACCAAAGUAAUUCUGAAAAAAAGAAAAAGAAGAAACUCGAUUCUGAACAUUGGACUCUCUUUUCAACCGACAUUCGUAUAAUACAAACAUUCGUCCAUAAAGAGAGAUAAGAAGAAGAAGAAGAAGAAAAUUUCGUCUCUCUGGGGGGAGCGCCAGCAUAGUGUAUCGUGAAUCUGUGCCAAUGACAGACGCGUUAUCGCGCGUCUUGUACAUAAAAGUGUAAAUAAUCGUCGUUCAAAAAUUCACGGAGAGACCUGUAAAUACGAUCUUUAAAAAAAAACGUUGUUUAUUCGUGGAUCGGUGCCCGCCGACCCUGUUUUUUUCCAAUUUUGUAUAAAUGUAAAACCGAGAGAGUUAGCAGAAGUUUUAAUUUAAUAAACCACGGUAUAGAAGUAACACGUACAUAAAAUACAUACAUACAUAUAUAUAUAUAUAUACACACACACAUACAUAAAUAUAUAUUGUUUCUCAAUGCUAA